AUGAAUUCGAUUGACGAGAGAAUCAGUGAUAUUUUGAAAUUAAUCGAUGGACUCCCUAUCCAUACGGAAAAGUUCAGUGUGCUCGCUGAUUGUCUCCAUUCAUUUACGCUUUUUAAGACUUAUUUCGAAAAUACCGAUUCAAAUUUAAACAAAACGAACAUAUCACGAUUUGAUUUUGCACUAGGAGAACUACAAGCUAUUCUCCUAAUGAUUGGUCCGGAAGUUUGGAUUGAUUAUAUCUGUCAUACUUCGAUUGAUCACGCAAUCAACGUAUUAAAAGCGAAAAUGUCUGAAAUGAAAGAAUACACAAACAUCAUGUUCAACAUUAAUACAGGUAUCUUUGAUAUUCCUCAAUACAAAUUGAAUUAUGCAGAUUUUUUGGAUCUAAAAAAGCUUUUGAAAAUAAUAAAGAACAUUCCACCUGACAAAUUUGGUGAUUCUGAUCCAAAUAAUAUCAAACAAAACAUAAAUAAAGCAUUAGAAGCGUAUAAAAGUCCAAAAUGUUUUACAUUUCAACAAAUUCAAUCAUUUAGAAAGUUUUAUGUCGAUACAGAAGAUUUAGAAAUCCUUAAAAAGAUCGGAUCUGGUACUUUCUCAACAAUUUUCCAAGGUCGAAGAAAAUCUACAAAUGAAGAGGUUGCAAUCAAAUUCUUUACUAGCGCUCACUCCAGAACUGAGCAUUUCAAUCAAUUGAUAUGCGAAGCAAACGCUUAUUCCCGUUUAAACCACAAAAAUAUCGUAAAAUUCCAUGGAGUCACAAAAGAACCUCCUUUUAUGCUAAUUACUGAAUUUAUGGAUGGUGGAUCAUUAUUUAGAGGUCUACAAACACCAGGAGCCCUCGAUGCACCAGAAAUGUUAGAUCAUAUCGCACUUUCCAUUGCAAAUGGCUUAGUUUACUUACACAAGCUCGGAUCUAUCCACGGUGAUAUCAAAUCGCUCAAUAUUCUGCUCUCAAAGUCAGGAGGAGUCAAAUUAUGCGAUUUUGGCUCUUCAAGGGUUUUCCAUGAUCCCAAUGCCGAUAUCGGCCCUAUCGGCACUAUAUCGUGGUCCGCCCCCGAAAUGUUGCGAACUGAAGGAGAAAGAAUGAUUUCGCCAGCCGCAGACGUUUACUCGUACGGCGUAGUACUUCUGGAGAUGGCAACAAGGAGACCGCCUGAAUCAAACAACAGAAAAGUGGUUCCGCCGGAUACUCCUCCAAAAUUAAGGUCAUUAAUUGAGAAAUGUCUAUCGGCAGAUCCAUUUAUGAGGCCGACCAUGUCGGAAAUCGUACAGAUGUUCGAACAGAAACUCAUUUCCUUCGCAAAAUCCGCUGAAAUCAAAGUUUCUACAAAUGCUCUCAAUUUUUUGAUCGAAAACGCCACAAAAGACUCCUACGACCUACUCGGUGACAUUUGUGCAGAGAUCCCCACAACAAGAGAGUUCGUUUUGGCCAAAAUUGCCCAGAAAAACGUUUCAAAUGCGGUGAAAGGUUCAUUAAUCAGGGCUUUGAGGGCAAUUUGUAGGACAAAAGAGCUUUGUGAGCAGGCAAUAAAGCUUGGCGUCAUUGAAUUAUGUCUUGGAUUCCUAGAUAAAGACGAAUUACAAGUUAGAUCUCUCUUUUUACUGCUUUCUGUCGUCAGGUUGGCCGAAUACAGCUUCUCAGAGAGCGAAUUGAACAUCCUACAUGAAUAUCCCGACUCUCUUUUGGUCACAAUUUGUUUGCUUUACGGAACAAAACUCGAUGAGAACGAAAUUGGAAAAUAUUUGGAUCUGAUUUUAAGUUGUCCUGAUCAGAUAUUGCCUUCCAUACUCUGUGGAUUAAGGAGAUACUUCAAAACAAACACAGAACCAAUAAAUGAACAAUUAUUUUACAAAAUUGCGACAAGUUUGUUCACAGUUCUACAAUCAAACGAAGAAACAUCAGCUACCCAGGCCAUUCUCAUCUUUUCUGACGUUCUUCCUUUGAUUUCCUUUGAUUUAGUGAUGAGCCCUCAGCAUAUGAUACUAAUUGGCAAAUGGAUCUUCGUAAAGAACACUGCCAUCCAUAUUUCAGCAGUUAAUUUGCUGUCUCUCGUUGUUUAUUCUCCAAAUGUCAAAAUUAUUGCAAAUGGAGUUUACGAAUUCAUGGUUAUCCUUCUCCAUUCAUUACCUCUGUCAUGUGUAAAGGAUCAAUUGUCCAAUUCCGUCCUUAAACUGCUUUCCCAGCAAGAUAUCGGACAAUGGUUUGUCGAAAAGCAGCUAAACAACUUCAUGCUUGGCGAUAUACCAUUGGAACUGAAGCCUGUGAUGAUUAAAAUGCUCGCUUGCGUUGCUUGGACAAAACAUGACAAUUUAAUUUCUCCAGGAGCCCAGAAAACCAUCAGAGACGUGAUUGCCCUUAAUAAUGAUGACUUGUACAGGUUGGUUUGCAGGUUUAUUAUUGCUUCCGGCAAAGCUGUUGAGUAUCUUAAUUUAUUAGGCAGUGGAAGGUUCGUUGAUGAGGUUGAGAGGACAGAUAAUGUUGAUGUUGUCAUGGAUACAAUCAAACUGUUCAAAGUUACGCAUAAUGGCUGCACAAAAUUGGAAUUCAAGAGAUUGGCAACUGCUUCUACAAAAUUCAUUGAAAAUGAAAGUGUUAAAUUACACAUUUUGUGGUUGUAUGUUUUGUCAUUUAGAAUUACAAAGGAUACGAAUUUCAUUAAAGAUGUGAAGAGUUUGAUCAUAGAAAACAAAGAUUUGUUGGAUUGCAAUGAUAUAAUUGACAUGCUCAAUGCAAAUUAA